AUGUAUGGGAAAAGAAGGAAGCAGGUGGAGUUAUCUCCGACGCGACACGAAAUUGCCGCUGAGAAACGCGACGAGGGCCAAAAUAAGCGCCAAACGGUGGCUGCACAAGAGCCAUCGGUGUUUGACUUUGUCGACGAAAUCGAGGAUCGUCCUCGAAUACCUCGAUCUCCACGGAGAAGGGUGUUUAACAAGGUAGAUAUCCCAAAAGUGCGUGCUUUGGAAGCAGAUGACUAUCUUGCAGAGGCUCCAAAGGAUAUGAGACCGCGUUGGAGCUCGAAAAGUGCAGUCAAGACGGAGAAACCAAGACCUGUGCCAGUAAAAAAGGCCGAGAUCUUACGGCCCCUGGAGGUUCAACCAGUUCGUGAAAAGCCUUCCGUGGAAACUGCUGGCUCUGAGAUUCUGUCUGACUUGUUUGACGGUCUGGACUCGAGCCCCACAAGAUCUACAUUGGAUAUCAAAAAUCUCAGGAGUUCUGACUCGAUAGAAACACCAGUCGACGAAACCGUUCUGGAAUUUGAAAUUGUUCCACACAUAGAGGUCCACACGAAAGAGGAACCCCAAGUUACCACUCCCUCCAAGUCACCUUCCUCUAGCCGCAAUUACGGGUCGUUUAGAAGUUUCCGUGCGGGAGAAGAUUUGAACGAGGAAACUGACCAACAGGCCAACGAAUCGGUCAGCUCGAACCUCCAGCCGUCAAUAGACCUCCAGAUGGCAGGAAAUAACAGCAAGUUUGACCAGGAGAUCCAGUUCAUCAUCGAGAUCGUUGGAUCUUCCAAGAGCUCGCUAUCGAGCAAAAGAAACGCAUUGCUCGAACUGGCUACCAAAACCAUUACACACCCAAAAUUUUCAGAUAGACUUAGAUCGCUCGACACUUCGAAGCUGAUCGAGGGAGUCAUACAGGAGGGGUACGAUAUGAUCAUGGUAUGCGCCUGGGUGUUUCUCAGACUGGAUGCUCCAGCGGAGCCAGUACGGACAAUCAUGGAACUGCUGCUUCCAAACAACGACAAUCUGGCAUCAACGUUACAGCAAAGUCCAAAACUUGGCAAGAUAGACAGGCUGGCCCUGGACGAUUGGACAGUUCAUCUGGACCACCAUACUCCAAACAGAUUGGCAUUGGUGUACUUGUUGCACCAAUCAUACGAAUUCUUAAUACAGGUUUGCAACCAAACGAUUUUGGUCCACAUUAUGGAGUCAUUCGAUCCCCAACAGAUCCAUAGCAUCCAGCUGGUUGAGCUGCUUGUGGACCAAGUUCGUUCGUAUCCACAGUUUCACCGAGUCGUACAAAUUGUCAAAAACUCCAUCAUUGGAAAAUCCGAUGGUCUUUCGGUUCACAUGCGUCUAGCGAUUAUUCUCACAUCCGACGAGCAGAACAACACAUUCAACGAAGAUUUGGUGGUACCACUGUUGGAAUUGGUGCGAAAAUCAGGUGUUCUUAAAGGAGACAUUGGCUCUGAAGAAGAUCAACAAAACAGUUUGUUCGCACUUGGAUUACUAUUAAAUCUGCAACAACAUAUACAAUGGCCCCCAAGCUCCAAACCUCUGUUCAAGGAACUCCUGGACUCGCUUCAAAUCGAAAACGACGCCCAGAAUGCUACACGGGUCCACGCUAUCGGCUACUUCUGUCUGUUGAUCGACACCGUGACGGAGACAACCAAGAAAGGCCUGGAGAUGUUCAACAACGCUGUUGGAGACAACGAGUUCCUCAGAACCAAAAUCGACACCAAAAUCAAGCAAAAGUGUUGA